CUGCCGUACACGGACGUACUCCGUCAGAUGGUUUCGAUACGUGCGUACGAAUUCGAACUCCCGACGACUCUCAUCAAUCUUUAUCGAGAUUUUUUUUUUAUACAUAUAUAUGGCCCACAGACAAAGUGACCGUUGAAAACAUUUAAAUCGACAAUUUUCAGAACUUAAUAACUUAGUUUUGUGUGUUUCCGGUGUUUAAUAAUAAAUAGUCCACGUUUUCGGUGUUAGACUUAAGUAAGUGUAAACUUGAGAACUUAUAAAUAUAAACGAUAAAUAAAUGAUGGGUGUUAUAUGUUUGCACUUGGCAAUUGCUUUGGUUGGGUUGAUGUGGACUUUCGCGCAAGAUGAUACCCAUCCGAGAUUUUACGAUAUUCCGUCGAAGACUGAACAUUACAAGACUUACGCCAAACAGAAUAUUUCAUUUCGAUGUCCGGGUGCUAACGAAAACACCUUGGUCGAACAACUAGAGUGGUACUCGCACUCGAAACACAAAAAAGUGCUCGAAUACCGCAAAAAUGCGGGUAUCACCGUCUACACAGACUGGCUCCAUCGUGUUACACUUGACAAGGAUUAUGGAUUGAUUUUUAACCCCGCCAAGUCUACCGAUACCGGUGACUACGUAUGCCUCAUCAAUCAUCGAAUAUUACCGGACGUGUUGAUUAGAUUUAGCGUGAUUGAUGUUCCCGAUCCACCUGGCCGACCACUGAUCACAUUCUUCUCGUCCAGAGCUGCCAAUCUCUCUUGGGCUCCUCCAAAAUACACCAACUACAGCAACAUCACCCACUACACGGUUAUGAUUCGGAAACAUAUGGAGAGACCGGACCCAGAAGAAGAGAACGUGGUCGGGAGCAAAAAUUUUACCGUACAGAAAGUGAACACCACGUCCAACGAUCCUUCCUUUUACGUGAAAGGUUUGAGACCUUACACAGUUUAUAGCUUCCAGAUAAUAGCCUGGAACGCACUUGGUUCGAGCAAUCCCAGCAAACCAUCCUUCUUUAUGGUCACUUUACGAGAAUUGCCUGAGGCGAGGAUCCCUUUUACUGCGAGGAACAUGUCGUCGACGCAGGUAUUCAUCAGCUGGGAACCGCCAGAUAUAGAUCUGAUCAAUGGGGACUUCCUUGGAUACCGACUGACAUGGACCCAACUCAAGAAACCGCGAUUAACUCAAGAAAAGUAUAUUCGAAAUGCUAGCAUUACGAAACACGUCAUCAGCGAGUUACUUCCGUUCACCAAAUAUCACGUUGGACUGAGUGUGUUCAACCCCGAAGGCUAUGGUCCAAACACAACCCUGCUAAUAAUAACAGACGAGGGACAACCCAGUCCACCAAGAAACCUUACUGUUCGAGAUGCCACAGACACUUCCCUUCUGUUACAAUGGUAUAUGCCGGAGAGAACUAAUGGAAUACUUGUAGGCUACAGGAUAUACUAUACCUAUGGAAAUUAUACUGAUACAAGGACCGAUAAAUCAGAUCCCCACAACCCAAUCAAGACAUAUCUUCUCACUGACUUGAAACCAGACACUGCCUAUUCAAUAAAAGUAAAAGCUUUUUCUUCUCGCCAUGAGGGUUUGCUGUCAAAUACAACUGAAGGAAGAACUGAUAUUCUUGGUCCAAGUCCACCGAAAAUUGUAAAUGCAUCAUGCGAAUAUAAUUCAUCCUUGCGUGUAGAGUUUGAGAAGCCUGAUAGACAUCCGGGAAGCAUUGAUUUGUAUUACAUUGACGUGUACGAUGGAGGUAUUCCUUACAAUGAAGCAACUCUAAAUGCAUCAGCCAAAUAUCUUGCAUUCUCGUUUGUUUUUCAAAAUGUUACCCCGGAUAUACACUAUGAUGUUCAAGUCUCGGCAGCUUCAAGAAGUAAUCGAUCUGGUAGAUUGGUGAGAGGCGAAAAGUCAAAGUUAUCACGGGUGUAUGUCACAGAAGGUUGCUACCAUCCAACUACUCAUGUGGUAGAAUUGUGGGCAGGGAUUUUGGCAGGGCUCUUAUGUGCCAGCGGUGUGCUAUUAUUGGCGGGAGGCGGCUAUUUGGUUUGGAAGAAGUUCAUUCAGGCGCCAUAUUAUUACCUAGAUAAUACACAGUGUACGCCGGCACCACUGGAUUGGAACACGAGUCCGGAUGAAAACGAAGUCGAGGACUACAGUGGUCCAAUUGCAGUGGCACAUUUUGCCGAGCACGUUCAAAAACUUCACGCCGAUGGAGACAUCGGUUUUAGCAAAGAAUACGAAGCAAUCCAGAACGAUCCCUCCAACGAAGUUAAUAGCUCAGAAAAUUCUCAACAUCCCGAUAACAAACCAAAAAACAGAUACCUUAACAUCAUCGCGUAUGACCAUUCCCGUGUCCAACUGCUACCCAUGCCGAGUCAAAAAGUGUCAACCUACAUUAACGCGAAUUAUAUUGACGGUUUUUCGGUUAACAGGGCCUACAUCGGUACCCAAGGACCUUUACCGUCAACCUUCGAUUGCUUUUGGCGUAUGAUUUGGGAACAAAGAGUUACCAUUAUUGUUAUGAUCACCAAUUUAGUCGAAAGGGGACGCCGAAAAUGUGAUAUGUAUUGGCCAAAGGAAGGGAUUGAAGACUACGGAGUCAUUCAAGUUAGACUAGUCAAAGAAGAUGUAAUGGCAACUUAUACCAUUAGAACUCUAGUUAUCAGACACACCCGGGUUAAGAACAAGAAGGAUUCUUCUUUAGCGGAAAAAACCGUUUAUCAAUAUCAUUAUACCAAUUGGCCCGAUCACGGUACUCCCGAUCACCCACUGCCAGUAAUUAGCUUUGUGAAGAAAUCUUCUAGUGCCAAUCCAUCUGAUAGUGGACCCAUUGUAGUGCAUUGCAGUGCUGGAGUUGGUAGAACUGGCACCUACAUAGUUCUGGACGCGAUGCUGAAGCAAAUUAAAACUCGCGGCGAAGUAAACAUAUUCGGUUUCUUAAAACACAUCAGGGCUCAACGAAAUUUCCUGGUGCAAACAGAAGAGCAGUACAUAUUUAUCCACGACGCUUUAGUGGAGGCGAUAGAAUGUGGCGAAACCGAUAUCAUGUGCGAUUCGUUCACCAGGUAUUUGGAGGUUCUACAAAAUCCGGAAAGUAUUAAGGGCAAAGAUGAGUCAGUAUGGAAGCCUCUUGGGGAGCAGUUUAAGCAAGUGACAAGCUUCGUUCCGCGCGAUUUUAAUCUGGUCUCAGCGAACAAACCUGUAAAUCAGAGGAAGAACAGGUGCUCACAUUUGAUUCCUAUCGAAAGUGCUCGCGUUCACUUAACCCCAAAGCCUGGAGAAGACGGUUCGGAUUACAUAAACGCCAGUUGGUUGCCGGGAUUCCACAGUCUCCGAGAGUUUGUCAUCACUCAACAUCCAGUUUCCAAGGAAGACUUUUGGAAAAUGUGUUGGGAUCACGCCGCCCAAUUGAUAGUGAUGUUGAGCAUAACGGAUACAUCGGAAUUCGAAGUGUUUUGGCCCGAUGCGGAUGAAAUAAUUGAAACUGAUAUUUACACAUGUCAACAGGUGGGGGUGAACAUGACUGCGCCCUAUAUCACCCGCGAUUUCAUGCUUAAAUCGGUACAAGACGAUUACGAGUUUAAGGUUAAGUUCGUGCAGUGCCACAAUUGGCCCCAUCAGGGUGUCGGAAGUAUAAAAGGCAUGUACGAUUUGCCCAAUUAUUGUAUCAGCUUGCAGAAAGUUGGACAAGGGCCAAUUUGUGUUGUUGACAGAUAUGGCGGCACCGAAGCGGCAACAUUAUGCGCCCUGAUCACCCUAAAAAAGCACCUUGCUUAUGAACAAAAGGUGGAUGUUUAUAUGUACGCCAAAUUGUAUCACAACAAAAGGCCGGGCAUCUGGCCGUCCGCCGAUGAUUUUCUGAAACUCUAUCUAUGCGUUCAGACGAUCUGCGGCACACCGGAAAAAUAUCUCGAAGAAAUUCCACCCGACAUGUUCACCAUAGCGAACGGUGUAAAGGGAAGAUCAGCGAAAUCAUCGGAAAACCAGCCAUCGUGCUCCAGGUCACCGGACGGACUGCCCGCAUCUAACUCAACCGAAACGAGCUGCCCCAAUCUGCAAUCGAGUCCCGAUCUGAAAGAGGUGAUAAUUGAGCCUCAACCGUCGGCCAACGAUUUCGUUCGAGUGCCACCAGAAGGAUUGAAAAUUGCCACUUCAAAUACGGAAAUGCUCUAAGGCUCAGCUAAUCUCCAACAGCCAUAACAGCCGGAACAUAAUUGAUGUAAUUAUCAAAGAUACUAAAGAUAUUCGUAAAAGAAAACGCAAGUUCAAAGUUGAAUUUUAUUUACUUGGUGUAAUAUUCUAUUAGGUGUUACGGUCUGGGCUAUUGGUCUUUUAAUAUUAGGAAAGCCAAGCGUUGGAAUGUUUGAAACUUUAUUUAGAGGAAGGAACUAACAAUUAUCUGCCUCCCAUAAUCUAAAGGAAACUAACCCUAAGUUUUUUCCGCUUCUACUUUCCUAAUUACGGAGGUUGAAUCAUUAUUCAGCCUCAGGAGUCAAAACGAAACUAACCAAAUUAAAAUUUUCUUUUUAAUUCGUUUAAACAUUUCGCUCGGGGUCUCUUAAUUUUUUACUAAACCAAAUUGGGAAGGAAUGGUCUAACUAUAAAUCAUCUCUUCCUCAGCAAGACAAAAGGUCUAUGCUCCAGUUUUGCUUGAACAAUUAGUUACUCACAAAGCAAAUUAUCUCUUCUCUUUCUUUUCUUCUAAUAUUCUACCUAUAAACAUUGGAAGUAUAUUUAGUAUUGCCACCUGUCAAUGUAUAAAAAGUGUUGCCAAAUAAAAUUGUUCGUUUUGAAAAUGUCACUUGACUUCUACGUAACUGAAAAAAUCUAGAUAUCCGAUAUGGAGCCUGAUUUGCUAGUAGGCUCAUUUUAGAUGAAAAUUUUCUGUAUAUAAUGUUUGUGUAGAAAGAUUAGUUGAAUUUAAAAACAUUAGCACUCUAAUGAAUUUGAAGAACUGUAUUAAUUAAUACUAUGAAGUUAAGCGCUCCGGCACUGUUCAUUUAUGUUCCUAAGGUAAGAAUACACAGCAUCGAGCAUUUAUUCUAAGAAUUUUAUUUUUCGUAUAUUCUUGCCUUCUUGUGAUAGUGUUAGAAACUGUUUAUGUACAUAUGCAUUUGUGUUAUAAUUUUGUUUAUUUAAUUUCAGAAACUCCCCUUAUUCAAAGGAAUAUUGGUAGUUAUAAUCUGUAGAUAAGUAUAUAUCCUUUUUUUUUAUUUUGUUGUUUUAAAAGCAUAUAUUGCAAUGACCGUCCAAUUUGUGGAUCUUGUAAAAUAUGCUUAAUGGUAUUUUUUAUUACUUUUUUCAUCUCAUUUUUACUGAAUGCGAUAGUAAGUUUCAAACAAUUUUUGGGUCAUAUCUAAACCGGCCUUAAAUGAUGGAAUAUCGUCCAAAAUCUGAUUAGAGCACAUAAAGUUGUUGUGAUUUUAAUUUUUUAAAUUUUAAUUCAAGUGUAGAUAUUAGCGAAUCUCGACCUUUUAGAAUGUAGAUAAUUGUUGAGAUCCCAAGUAACGAUUGGGUUAUUUAAUGGAAAUACUAUUUGCCAUUUUCUCGUUUUCAAUUUUAUUCUUAUCUAUGUACUCACAAUAAUAAUAAUGCAGAAGUAAUUUGGUUUAUUUCGUAUUAUUAAUCAAGCGAUAGCUGGAUGUGUAUACUUAGUGAAUUUAAUAAUUGUCCAUUUUGAAUAUUUUUUCAAACAUUUUUCGCACAAUUUUGCUGAAUUUCAAGCACUAGCAAAUGUUAUUGGUCAUUUUAGGUUUUGUAUUUUGGUGUUAUAAUUAAAUAUAACAUAAUAAUCGUUAAAUCGGUCAAAGUGAUGUAUAGAUGUCAGAUGUCUGUUGCAUCAACAGAUCCCCCAAUACUUUGCUUGAUACAGAAUAGUGUAUUCUUGCAAGCAUGCCAACCAUUAUUGUAGAGAUAUAUAAAAAAAUCUGUUAAAGUUGUAGGUUUAGAAUUUUGUAAAUAUGGUGAAAUAAGAUGCAGAUAUUAAUCAGUCUGAUUUAGUAUAACUAUCACUAAUGCCAAGUAGUUUCCAGUUAAAUUCAAGAGCUUUAUACCAAAAGAAUUUUAUUUUAAUUUUUUUUUAAAUGAAUUGUUAAUUUGUCAAUUAUAAUUUGAUGUCUAUUUCCAUGCCACUUAUUCCUCUAAAUGUUCCCCCAUAUUCAGCAGAAGGGGGUGGUAAAUAUUAAGUAUGGUACUUAAUUUUGGCCGCUGGAAGAUAUCGAUUAAUAAUAAACAGGCAUUUGUUUUUUUAUAAAUGUCUAGGUGUAUUAAAAAUAUGAAAAAAUCUGGAAAAAAAAACUUAUAUUCAUGUAUAAUUCCUGUAGUCGCUUCUCCUGGCGGUCAUUUUUGAACUGAAAAACAGUUUCAGAGUCAUUUUCCUCCAUUUUUUCUCGCCAACUAUUUAAUAAUAUUACGUUGAGCGCAAAUGAAACCAAUAUUUGUUCAGUGUCAUUCAUAAUAGGAUGUGUUCUAAAUGUUUCAAAGCAGUUCAAUUCGUCAGAAUAAUUGUUAUAUCGUCUCUUAAUGUUCCGUGUUUCAAUAACAGAUUUUUCGCUGUCAAUAUCAAGUGUGCUGUUAGCAUCAGUAUUCCCUUAUGUUCCUUUAAUAUUUACUAAGGCUUAUUUUACGAUGUUUUAUAUUCCAUGCCGAUUUUGUUGAAUGGUUGAGUUUAUGCUCUUAUUAGAAUCACGUAGCGUUUUGUGUAUUCACAAAGUCAUAGUAAACGAUGUUUAGAAUAGCGAAAAUAACAAAAAAAAACGUAGAUGUUACAAUAAGCCAAUUAUUUCAUAUAAAAGGACGUCAUUGUUAACUUCGUUCAAGUCAUGUUAAGGUUGGUUUAUAGCUCAAAAGUCCACUUUACAAACUAUUAAUUAGUUUUACGUUUUACGAAAAUUUUUGAGGUGUAAACUAGCCUUUGGAUAGGAACAUUUGAUAAGAAUAUUAUGUCUGACUAAAUAACAAUGUGUUUAUUUGUCAUUAAUAUAGUGAAAAGAGGACAUACUUUCAUGAAUUGAAAGCUGCAGCGCUGGAGACCAAGAUCUUGGGGAAUAAUGUGGGGUGAAUGUAAUUUUUGUUUCAAUGUCCUAAAUAGCUGGAACCAACUAAAGUAGAUGUUAAUUAAAAGCAAGAAUUGCUUUAAAAACAGUUAUGCAAUUGUGUAUGCAGACUAGAUUUUAAUAUAUAUGUGUAUAGUAGUAUAGCCAUUUUAUAAUUAUUUUCUUCUAUGAAAAGAACAAAAACUUUUUUAUUACUUAUCCAACGUUGUAUACAUUUUUUAGUGGUCCAUUUGGGCAAACAUUUAUUGCUCAGGGUACCUCAGAACCAUACUUAGAUCUGCUUUUAUUAAAAAUUCAAAUAUUUUUUCAAAUUAAACGUCGAAGUGGAGGUCCGUCCAAUUGGCUUUCUAACCAUAAUAUUGGUAAAUGUAUCUGUUUUGUGAUUAAUUCAAGUUCCAUUUGAAUACUAGAGGUGUUAGCAUGUUUCCGUAUUUUUGUCCCUUAGUUACCAGUUUGAGGUAGCUUGGCAGAUAAUAUUUGGUUAUCACAUACUUCUUGGUUCAUAUGCAUUUUUUAAAUCAAUUUUAAGAAAGCUCAUUUUCUAUACAAGGCAUUAAACCAAAUUUUUAAGAAAAUGUUUCAGUUAAUAUGUGUAUAUACAAUAUAAAUGUACGACUGUGAAUGUAUUUAAAAUACAUGGUUAA